UUAACCACAUCCGCCCGGGCGCCGCUCCUGGCGCCCGAGAACCUGGGGCGCGUCCUCCCUCCAGGCAGGCGGUGGAGGCGCGGGGCUGGGGACCGGGCGAGGGUUGAUGUCUCGCGGUCCGCAAACCAGCCCGCGCCGGGAUCCCUGAGACGCACGCAGCGAUUGCCUGGCCCCCACUCGUGGCUCGGGCACGUGCCCGGCCCUGGGAGGUCUAAGGAAACUUUGCCCCGGCGCUGGCCGACCUCAGCCCCCGCGCCCCGUCUCGAUUCGCGGUGCAUCCCCCUCCCCCUCUCCUCCCGGUCCUCGCCCUCCCUCCUGCUCCCUCCUCCUGUUCCCUCCUCCCCCUCCUCCUCGCCGGCUGGAGGCGGGCAGGUCCGGGCGGGGCCGCGCCGCUGAGCCCACAGCCCGUGAUCCCGGCCCGGUAGCUGCCGCCGCGCCCUCCGGGAGGAGCUACCGAGCGAGGCUUUGAGGACGGAGCGGCCCGCGCGGCGCGGGGGGCAUGAAGUUGGGUGCGCGCGGAGCUCAGAGCAGGGGCGCGGCGGAGCCGGGAGCCGCCCGCAUCUAGAGCCGGCUCUGUGCGCCAUGGAGCUCGGGGCGCCGGGGACGUCGCCGCUGUCGCCGCUGCUGCUGCUGCUGCUGGGGGCCGGCCUCCUGCCUGUGAGCAGCCACGCAGAGACCCGGGCUCAUGCAGAGGAGCGGCUGCUGAAGAAGCUCUUCUCUGGCUAUAAUAAGUGGUCCCGGCCCGUGGCCAACAUCUCGGAUGUGGUUCUUGUCCACUUCGGCCUGUCCAUCGCGCAGCUCAUUGACGUGGACGAGAAGAACCAGAUGAUGACGACGAAUGUGUGGGUGAAGCAGGAGUGGCAUGACUAUAAGCUGCACUGGGACCCCGCCGACUAUGAGAACGUGACUUCCAUCCGAAUCCCCUCCGAGCUCAUCUGGCGGCCAGACAUUGUCCUGUACAACAAUGCGGACGGGGACUUUGCCGUCACCCACCUGACCAAGGCCCACCUCUUCCACGACGGCCGGGUGCAGUGGACACCCCCAGCCAUCUACAAGAGCUCCUGCAGCAUCGACGUCACCUUCUUCCCCUUCGACCAGCAGAACUGCACCAUGAAGUUCGGGUCCUGGACCUACGACAAGGCCAAGAUCGACCUGGUGAGCAUGCACAGCCGCGUGGACCAGCUGGACUUCUGGGACAGCGGCGAGUGGGUCAUUGUGGACGCCGUGGGCACCUACAACACACGCAAGUAUGAGUGCUGCGCGGAGGUCUACUCGGACAUCACCUACGCCUUCAUCAUCCGGCGCCUGCCGCUCUUCUACACCAUCAACCUCAUCAUCCCCUGCCUACUCAUCUCCUGCCUCACGGUGCUCGUCUUCUACCUGCCCUCUGAGUGCGGCGAGAAGAUCACCCUCUGCAUCUCCGUGCUGCUGUCGCUCACCGUCUUCCUGCUGCUCAUCACCGAGAUCAUCCCAUCCACCUCGCUGGUCAUCCCACUCAUCGGCGAGUACCUGCUCUUCACCAUGAUCUUCGUCACGCUCUCCAUCAUCAUCACCGUCUUCGUGCUCAACGUGCAUCACCGCUCCCCGCGCACACACACCAUGCCCGCCUGGGUCCGCCGCGUCUUCCUGGACAUCGUGCCACGCCUGCUCUUCAUGAAGCGGCCAUCCGUGGUCAAGGACCACUGCCGGCGGCUCAUCGAGUCCAUGCACAAGGCGGCCAGCGCUCCGCACUUCUGGCCGGAGCCCCAGGGGGAGCCCGCCUGGUCUCCAUCCCUGACCUGUGGGGUGGACCAGUCCAGCAAGCCCCCGCCAGCCCACACAACGCCCUCGGACCAGGUGCCGACUCUGCAGCCUUCAGAGGCCAAGAAGGCCAGCCCCUGCCCAUCUCCUGUGCCCUGCCGUCCCCCCACCAGCACCCGGGCCCCGGGACUCACCAAGACCCGGUCCCUAAGUGUCCAGCACGUGUCCAGCCCCAGCAAAGCAGUGGAGGAUGGCGUGCGGUGCCGGUCCCGGAGCAUCCAGUACUGCGGGCCGCGAGAGGAGGCUGCCUCACCAGCCGCCCACCUGGCAGAUAGCUCCCCCUCCUCUCCGACCAAGGCCCCCUCAGCCGAGCUCCCGCCCCCAGACCAGGCCUCCCCCUGCAAAUGCCAGUGCAGGAAGGAGCCGGGGGCUCCAAAUGCCACGCUCAAGACCCCCAGCACCAGAGCGCCACCUCUGCCUCUGUCACCGGCCCUGGCACGGGCAGUGGAGGGCGUCCAGUACAUCGCAGACCACCUGAAGGCGGAAGACACAGACUUCUCGGUGAAAGAGGACUGGAAGUAUGUGGCCAUGGUCAUCGACCGCAUCUUUCUCUGGGUGUUCAUCAUCGUCUGCCUGCUUGGGACUGCUGGCCUCUUCCUGCCACCCUGGCUGGCCGGCAUGAUCUAGGGGCCCAGACUUGGGACUCCCUGAACUCGAUGGGGUCAUGCCACUUACCAGAUUGCCCCCCAUCCUCUGUCUGCUAUGAGAUGGCCCUGGAAGGAGCUGCUGACCCCUGGGGACCUGCCCGGGGGACUGGUGAAUGCCUGUCUGUCUGCAGGGCGGUGUCACUGCCUGUCUUAUUAAAGUUUAACC